GGAAAACAAAAAGCGUGACAGAGAGGACGCGAAUCAAAGCGCACGCGGCAAAAUGUAAAACUUGCUUAUUGUGGAUUUAUUUUUAACAAUUGCCGUCAUCGCGCGUUCGUUUCGUUGGCCCGUUCGUCUCGUAUUUGGCUGUGUGCUCGCCCCGCUUGCGUGUGUUAAUUAAAUUUAUUUCAGCAUUUUGCAAUUGCUGCGUAUUUGCUGUUGCGGUAAUUAACUGUAUACUAUACCAAAAAAAUCCAUCGUCGACUGCAGUUUGCCGCACGACCGAGUACAGUUAGGACGCCGCUCCGUUCCGUUCCUUCGGUGUUUCAUUCUUGGUAAAUUUCCACUGCGGGCGCGCUUCAUCAGCAUGGUGUUGACAAAUUUCGAGUGUUGGGCACAUGCAGACUCGGCGGGACCGAAUUCCAAUUUCGAAACCGGGCAGAUGCGACAAACCUUGGAUCCAUUCAAUCCACGUGCAGUCUCUUACACUGUCGCCCCCCCUGUCGUCGCUACUGGUGGCGUACACUAUGCGUUCAUGAAUGAUCCCAACAACAAUGAGCAGCCAAUGGAUGCUGCCGCCGCGUCUGCAGCACGCUGCAAAAAGCGUUGUAACGGGAAUGAGCCAUCCGAGGACGGGGAUAACCCGAUGUACACCAAGCGCUGCCGUUUCGACGAUGUGGACCUGGCGGCCCAGUAUUGUAAUGAUUUCUUUUCCCUGCCUGCCACACAAAUAAUUGGAACACAGGCCUGCUUAAUGGAUUACGAGAUGCAGGCCAGCGGUGGUGGCGCUGGGGACAUGAUGGAAGCAGCGCCACAGCAGCACCAACACCAGGAGCAGCAGCAGCAACAGCAACAACAACAACAACGCCUUCAGCAGCAUUUUCAAGACCCAGACCCCAAAGAGAAACAGCAGCUGCUGUACCGACAACUCGAGCAGCAUAUAUCCAGAAAAGUGAUUACAAAGCCUCUCACGAAAGUCCAGGCAAAUUCCAGGGAAGCUGAGGCGGACCUGUAUAUAGGCACGCAUGGCGGUUGCCUGCAUCACUUCGAAAUGCUGGGCGGGUCAGAGCAGGAGGAGUUUGAUAUCUGAACAAUACAAUAUGUACCACUAACCCAUGGGGUUGUCUAUACUUAGUACCCUAACUAACUAACUAACUAACUUACUCCAAUCGAGCAUUGUUAAUCCCAACCGAAGUAGUCAAGUAAGCUCUCGCAUAUCGCUACCUGAAGGUGCUUAGUGUUAGGCAUUGAAUUCUAAUAAAUGAAGUUUAUUUCUAU